AUGGAUCUGUCAGAUGCUCUGGGUGGUGGACCGGGCUUUCCAGGCCAGAACAACCAGCAGGGUGGUGGGGGCGUGUGGCCUGGUGGACAACCCAACCAACCAACAUGGCCAGGACAGCCUGGUGUUCAACCGGCUUGGCCUGGUCAGCAGCAACCAGGCCAGCCCACCCCCACGUGGCCUGGACAACAACCAAACCCUUCCCAACCCUCAUGGCCGGGGCAACAAUAUGGAGGUGGAGUACAGCCCAGCCAGCCAACCUGGCCCGGGCAACCAGGGGGAGGACCGCCCAGCCAGCCAACAUGGCCAGGGCAGCCUAGCCAACCUACUGCUCCUCAACAUCAAUCACUGAAAGUGCCAUAUAAUCAGAACCUGCCAAAUGGAUGCUAUGACGACAUGGUCAUCACCAUUAACGGGACAAUUAACCACAAUGCAAAAAUGUUCACAUUGAACCUGACCAAAGGGAAUGACAUUGCCAUGCACAUUAACCCUCGCUUUGAUGACAAGGGCAAGAAAACGAUUGUGAGGAACAGUCUGAUUGGCAGUAAAUGGGGCAAAGAGGAGAGAGGACACAACCACUUCCCCUUCACUCAGGGCCAGCCCUUUGAGAUGAAAAUCAUGUGCACUAACAACGAGUUCAGGGUGGCAGUGAAUAGCUCGCACCUCCUGGAGUUCAAACACCGCAUCCGUGACCUCGACUCAAUCAAACACCUGGGUAUCUACAAUGACGUCACCCUCACGUCUGUGGAGAUCGAAAACUGUAAUAUCUAGCAGGUUUGGUUCCAGCCAUAGAAAUAGAAUGACUAGCAUGGCCUAGCCUCAAGUUAUUUAUAUGAUUCCAAAGACUUCACUUAAUUGUCUUUAAACAGGAAAGUACAGUAGCUUGAAUCACACGCUUUAAGCCACUAGGACUGUCACAUUCUGUACUAGGCCGGUCUGUUCUCUGUUAAAACAUAUUUUGAAAAGUGAAAUUCCUUUAUGGCCAAUUCAUAUACUUUGGUCUUCAAGUAAUUUGUGUAAGCUGGUAAUGUAUAGACUGUAUGCAAUAAAUGUGGUGGUAACAGAUUUUUCUCCAUGUAAAGACGAUACAGGAUUUGUCUUGAGUGAUUGUAUAAUGCAUCCCACUAGGUGGCAGAGUUGAUACAUAAAUGUUUGAUAACCAACUAGUAUUUGGAUAGGCUGGGGAGAAACUAAUUGUAGCCUACCUGUACACAGUGGAACUUACACACUUAGGCUAUUACUUUACAUUAGUCAAUGAUGCACUGUCAGGCAAAUCCUUUUAACCCUGCAAACAUGAGCAAGUUUCUAGACUUUGCUUGUUGGUCAUGUGAGAUUUCUAUAGUUUUUCCAUGAGUGGUGACUUAUCUUCAGCACUUAAUGUUUGCUUGGAGGAAAGGGUCUUUGAGCAAUAUUGUUGAUGAUCGUCUCAAGUGAAGCACUGACUUUACAGAAGGAGCACGUUGACUAAAUCAACACUGCAUCUUUUCACUAGCCACUAAACAAAAUAUGCUAUUUACACCACUGAAAUUUCUGCUUUGAUUAAUUAAUUUCAGUUCUCUAUUUACAGACUAAGGCGUGCUUCUGCCGGUGUCUAUCAUUAGCGUUUCUCAUGUUUAGUGAUGUGUUGUCACAAUGUGGCAUAACUUGUAAAACACUCCUAGAACUCUCACAAUGGCUUUUAAUUUGUGUUCAAACAUUACAGCCCUUGCUGCCCUCCACCCCACGGCAAUGAACCCCUUGUGCUGUUAAGAUCACAUAAGACGAGACUGGCAAGAUCCAUUUAGACAUGACACAUCAUAGGGACUUUGCCCCGCCACUAUUUCCGGCAUGCCUCUGGCUCUUGUCCAUAAUCUACCAGCCAGACCACAUCUAACUACCCCCCUCCCUCCCCUCCAACAACUGACAGUGUCAAGUAGACACGGGCAAAUGGGUGGGUUGACUGGAGGCAGUCAUAGCUGCACUAACUUCAACUGAGUGGCUCAUAUCUCCAGGAGAGGAUGUGGACAGUCUGAUGUGGAGCAAAUGUUUACAGUAUGAAGUGUACAAUAAUACACAGCUCCAUAGUACCUUAAGUUGAUGUACACUUGAGAUACACACAGGUGUUUUAAAAAUGCUUCCUUGACAAAGGUGCUCGCAGGCACACUGAUCUGUAUGGCUAGGCUACACACAAUGAAAAUAGGUUACCCUCACGGGAAGCUUGUCUCAAGUUCAAAGCUUGUAUGUCUUCUGAGAUAAGAUGGCACCUUGCCUCCGGUAUAUGAUUCAAUAAUGAGUAUAAAGAUUGAUCAAAGCUACUGGAGGGGAAAAAACAUUUACUGAUCAUAUUCCUCUACAGCAGGCUACCAGAAGAAGCUGGCACAAGUAAUGCAUUCCAAAUGGCACCCUGUUCCCUAUAUAGUGCACUACCUUUGGACUUCAGAGUCCUAUUGGCCCUUGUCAAAAGUAGUGCACUAUAAAGAGACUAGGGUGCCAUUCAAAGACACCUUAGUAUCCUGAAGUCAGGUCACUGAUACAUUUUUCAUGAUGGAAACAAUGGACAGUCUUGAUGGAAACUGAAAACAGAUGAAUUAUUAAAUGACUCUUAUGCCCAUGUAUAAACUGCUGUGAACUUCAUAAAGGUUGGAACUUUAAA